UUUCCCCAGCUCGAGCUCAUUUGCAAUAUGUCACAAGUGCCAGCAUCUGACUUGUUUUAAUCUAGUAGUAUCUAGCUGUAAUUGUUAAUGAUUCAUGCGCACACCCUAAAGUAACCCGCAAAAGAGGCAACUGGUCCAAUUCUUCAAUCUUAUGUCUAUUAAUCCCCUCGAUCAGUAUUUAAUUGAAAUAGAAUCAGGUUCAAAGUGCAUUUGCUUUGCACAUAGGCCUACCAUGGAGGUCACAAUUGAGACCAAUAAUUGUCACUUUAAGAUAAGCAUUCCUACUCCGUCAAUGAAUCUGAAGUUGGUCACUCAGUUGUCACAAUCUAGUUUGUGUGCGCGCGCGACAUUCGUUUUGUUCAAGAGCGACAGUGUCUCAGCGAUCAUUUUCAUUGCACACCUCAACAAAGAAGCAAUGUUUAUUUAUGCUAAUUGAUUGUUAGGUAACUUCUAGUCAUUGUGGAGGUCUUUGAUGCAGAAUUGUCACCAAGAUGGCGGAUGUUGAGAUAGAUUCGGAGUGUAGCAACAUUAACCAGAUGAUCUUGUGCCGCCAGAAGCAAGUUGCGCUGUUGAAGACUCUGAUGGGAGAGCCAUCACAGCCAACAUGUCCCUCAGUGUUCAUUUAUGGCCAUGGUGCGACCGGAAAGACUCUCGUAGUUUCAACGCUCCUGAUGACGAUGUCAUUGCCCCAUGCAAUAGUCAACUGUAUAGAGUGUCAAUCGUCACGUCAGCUAUUGGUCAGAAUUCUGGACCAGGUGGCCAAUCAUGAGCCUCGUCCUGAGAACAAUUAUUGCAGUUUGAAUCGCUGCGAGAACAUGAGCGUGUUUGUUCGACUUCUAAAGAAAACUAUUGAAGAGAGGGGAAUUCAGGACCAAACUGUUUAUAUUGUACUCGACAAAGCUGAGCGUCUGCGCAACAUGGACGCCAACAUCCUGCCAGCAUUUCUCAACCUCUCUCAGCUCUCUGGAUGCAACGUAUGCGUCGUACUCCUCAGCCAAAUCGUCUGGGAGAAAUUCCUCUUCGGGUUCGGCUCCAACUUCUUCGAACCUUUCGUGAUGCACUUCCCAGACUACACAAAGAAUGAGUUAUUGCAUAUUAUCGCUAAGGAUACUCCAGAGGGUUACUCGGCAGACUUCUACUCGUCCUACGUCAACUUACUCAUGAGUAUAUUCUACAUGGUGUGCAGAGAUCUCAAUGAAAUCAGGCAUCUCGCACAGCUAAAUUUUCCCAAGUACGUUGAACCGAUCACAAAAGGGGAGGCAACUGAAAGGGACUCGCACAAGUUGUGGAGACAUAUCGAACCCCACUUGAAGAAAGCUCUUCAAACUGUCUACCUCAGAGAAGUAACAAGUGAACAAUGGGAGAAGUACCAACUGGGUGAGACCAGCCAGCAGGGCUUACCUUCACAGCCUAGUAGUCUAUCAUCUAGAGCCCAGAUAGAGCUACCGUUCUACUCAAAGUACCUACUCAUCGCUGCGUAUCUGGCCUCCUACAAUCCGGCAAGGUACGACCGUAGGUUCUUCUCCAAACACCACGGCAAGAUUAAGAAGAGUGCUGUCAACCGGAAGAAAGAAACCAGCCAUCAACUCCUUGGACCCAAGGCAUUCCCAUUGGAUAGACUCAUGGCUAUAUUCUACAGCAUCGUCGACUCCAGAGUGGCUCCCACAGCUAAUGUCUUUUCACAGAUUUCGUCCCUAGUUACCCUGCAGCUAUUGGCUCAAGUGGGACACGAGGAUCAGCUGGAUACGCCAAAGUACAAGUGUACAGUGUCCCUGGAGUUUAUACGCUCUAUAGCCAGGACUGUGAGCUUCGACGUCAUACGCUACCUCUACGACUUUGUGAAGUGAAAGAUACGCAAUCAAUUGUGACUUUGGGAUCAAAUGUCAAAGAUCAAAGGACAGAAAGGACUGCACUUUCAUUUAAGCAAAGAGCAACAACGAGACAAGGACAACCUUACAAGUGGAGACUGUGUGCUACUCUAGUAAAUACUGGCAAAUAAUAUGCCCUGUACUGUCCAGUACCUGACCACACUUUGUGUGGGUUUUAAAGUGUUGGAUUUGUCACAUAUUUGUUGGUUAAGGAGGGUCCUAAGAAAUAUUCUUGCAUUUAUUUUUCUUCUCAAGUUUUAUGCGUUUCCUUCUUGGGACCCAUUGGUGGUCAUGCAUUAUUCAUUAUGAAUAAAUUAUGAAUAAAGAGCAGAUUUAGAAUAUGAGGAAAACAAAGGAAGAAUUGGUUCACAACAAUUAUUAGCUCAAAUCUUAAGGGAAAAGAUUCUGGGUUUAUUUGGUAAAAAGAGUUUUGUGUGAAUUGAGCAGGCAUGCGAUAAUUAUGGUUUAGUGGUGAAACCAGACAUUCCCAAGGGGGGGGGGGGCAAGGGUUCUGAGUGGAUGGGUCCCUCUUUGAGGUUUUUGGGGUAAUGCGAGGUUCAAACUCAAGUUACUGAUUGUUCAAUUCUGCAUUUCUCCUAUAAAGUAAAUGUACUUUUGAAAUACUCUAGUUGUGCACAUGGGAUUCAGGAAGCUGUUUUAAUUUACAGUUGCCAUUACAGUCGCACUUAAAGUGCUAAAAGCAAAGGGUCUUUUUCACGUUUGGGUGUGUGUCAACUUUAUGUUUUUUGAUUUGAUUUGAUUUGAUUUGAUAUGAAAUGGUUUAUUAAAAACAAAGACCAUUUUAGCCAAAGGCAGAAUUGCAGUCAAAUUACAAAGAGAAAUGGUAAAAAUUUCCCCACCCUCUCUGAUUCUACAUUUGCCCUCACCCUCUUCCAAUUUGAUCCAGCAUUGUGCUAGCACAUUCAAUAUUAUUUUAGUAAUGAAAUACAAAUUUAAUACAAUUUACCCCCUGAUUAAUUAGUGACUUAACUUAGUUAAGGCACAACAUAUUUCCAAUGUAUCGACCGAUAAGGUUGCAAUUCACUAUGCAAAGAAAAUAAAUGUAUACUUUCAUAUUUAAA